AUGGAGCUGAUCGCGGUGGCUGUGGUGAUCGUGCUGUUUAUCGGAGUGCUCAAACAGUUCGGCAUCUUGGAGCCAAUGUCGAGGGAAGACAGCACCGAACUGGACGAUGAGCUCUCCUCAGGGAGACACCAGCCGGAAGGACUCGCCGCGCUCCAGGCCCAGACCAGGUUCUCCAAGAAGGAACUCCAGUUUCUCUACCGGGGAUUCAAGAAUGAGUGUCCCAGCGGGAUGGUGGACGAGGAAACCUUCAAGACCAUUUACUCCCAGUUCUUUCCGCAGGGAGAUGCUACAAUGUACGCGCACUUCCUGUUCAACGCCUUCGAUUCUGACAGACACGGGGCGAUCCGUUUCGAGGACUUCGUGGUGGGGCUAUCGGUGCUGUUGCGGGGCUCCAUUCAUGAGAAACUCAACUGGGCGUUCAACCUGUACGACAUCAACAAAGAUGGCUACAUCACCAAGGAGGAUAUGCUGGCGAUCGUUCGGUCCAUCUACGACAUGAUGGGAAGGUACACGUACCCCAUUCUCCACCAAGACGUACCCAUGGAACAUGUAGAAAGGUUCUUUCAGAAGAUGGACGAGAAUCAAGACGGCAUUGUGACAAUUGACGAAUUCCUGCGGAACUGCAUGAAGGACGAGAACAUUAUGCACUCGAUGCAGCUCUUUGAGAACGUCAUCUAG